UUCUGAAUAAAAACAAAUAGACAACAUCACUGAUAAUAUCGGAGAGAGAUAAGUAUGUCAAAUACUCAAGGAAAUGGUCCAAUGCCUAUGGCUACUUUCGUGAUUCAACAACCCUACCGAUCCACCACGGCCAUCUCCCGGCAUCCAAACACAAGAAAUAACGCCGGUAAAGACUGUUACCGGGUUAUGGUGAAGGACUGGGUGCAAGUUCAUCAACUGUCUCCGAUCCACCACCAAUACCAAGUGCACCGACUUAUCCCACCAAUGGAGCCUUCAUGUUACCCAGUCAGUGACUGGGAUAAUUUCGAUAAUGGUUUAAAGAUUGCGGGAGUGACAACUUACUUUAGUUGUGUGUUCGGUGUUGGCAAUGCUGGUUCAGGUUUAAAUAUUCAAUAAGGCUUCUUGGUUAAUGUAAUGAGUCAUCUAUGUGUGAAAUUGUGAGGUUUUUCUUAUGUUACUUUAUAGUUUUAAUACAGUAUUAUCUUGAAUUUGUUAUUGGAAAUGAGAUCUUAGCCUCUUUUUGUUAAUUUCUGUUAAUGGAAAUCCUGGAAAACCAUUUCAAUGAAUUAUGUAUC